ACCUAACAGAUAGACAAUUUAUUAGUUUAUACCGUCUUUCAAAAGAAUUAUGCCGAAGGGUUGUUGAAAUGGUACGUCCAUUGAGCGCAAGGUCAGAUUUAUGGAAUAUUGAUAAAUAAAUGUUACGGAAGGUUUUUACCGCUUUACGUUUUUUUGCUGCUGGCAGUUAUCAACGAGGUGUUGGCGCGAAUCGACAUACUUCUAUUAGUCAAAGUUCCGUGAGCCGAAUUUUAGAAGAAGUAACCUCAGCUUUGUGUGAGCCGGCAGUUUUCGACAAAUUUGUUUCUUUUCCGCAUAACAUUAAUGAGUUAAUUUCUGUUAGGGAAGAGUUCUUUAAUAAAUUCCGGUUACCCGGUGUGAUUGGUGCUAUAGAUUGCACACAUAUUGCAAUAGUACUGCCAAGAACUGAAGAUGAGUUAUAUCCCGAGCAUAUUUAUGUAAAUAGAAAAGGGUAUCAUUCUAUAAAUACUCAAUUGAUUUGUGAUGCAAAUUUACGCAUAAUGAAUGUGUCGGCACGUUUUCCUGGUUCUGCAAAUGAUGCGCAUAUUUGGAAUGAAAGUAAUGUAAAAACAUUAAUGUUAGACUUGCAUGAAAAUGGUUUCAAGUCUUAUUUUUUAAUAGGUGACUCAGGAUAUGCUUUACGUCCUUGGCUUUUGACACCGUUCAUAGAUCCGGCUCCAAAUUCUCCAGAAGCAUUAUUUAACGAGUCAUUUUGUAAAGUUCGCUCAAUUAUUGAACGUUGUAACGGGGUUCUAAAAAUGCGAUUUAGAUGUUUGCUGAAACACCGUGUUCUACAUUAUUUGCCAAAUAAAGCAUCCAAAAUAAUAAAAUCUUGCAUUGUGUUGCAUAAUUUGUGUAUAAUGGAAAAUGUCCCUCUCAUCGAUUUAGAUGACAUAAAUUCAAAUGAUUUUGAUUUUGGCAUUUUCGAACCUAUGGUUGAAUAA